CUAGACACAUAUGCCAGUUUGAAUGGGGCGCCGUUUCAUGCUCUAUGUAUGGUUCUGAUUCGACGAUUUUGGUCGAUAGCGCCACCUAUGGACGAUAUGACGAAACAACUUGUGGAACUUCUUUUUUUUUGACUCCAUGCUUCGAAGAUGCUACAGAAUUUUUUAUCAAUGGUUGUCAGGAUAAGAAGAGCUGUCAAGUUUAUCCGAAUUUUAUUAAAACAGACCCAUGUUUAGGUUUACUAAAGUAUCUAACGAUUUCGUACGAAUGUUCAGAUCCUGUGGAUGAUUGUUUAUCAAGCCCAUGUCAAAAUGGUGGAGUCUGUUACGAUGGUAUUAGAAGUUACAGUUGUAGUUGUCCUCUAGGAGUUACCGGAAAUAACUGUGAAACAAGAAAUUACUUAAUUGCUGUACGAUACACAAAACAGGUACACACCCAUGGCAAGCAAGUGAUGCAAACUGUUAAAGCUAUGUCAGCCUUAGAUUGUGCAAGAUUGUGUACCCUAACAGUUGAUUGCUAUGGGUAUCAGUACAAUAGUAUUGUCAGAACAUGCGAGGAAGUUUCAUCAGACCAAUCAUCUUUGUUUGGAAACGUGACUUAUUUUGUUAAAACAAUUUUAUAA